CUGUCGACUUCUAUUUUAUUGUUGCUUUUGCUUGGCCAACACGCCAAUACUGUUGACCAAUUAACCACCUUGCCUCCCAAGAUUUCAAGAUCGAUCUCUAUUUAAACCUGCAUUUAUAAAAACAUUUCACUACCAUUCCCAUUAAGCUCAAAAAUGAAGAGAGAGGGUCGACAGCAUGGCAUGGUCCGAACCAACCCCAUUCUCUCACAACCUUUCAACCCAAGGCCCAUGGCUAGGCAUGUUAACAAGCUUAGCUCACCACCAACUGCCGGCAUGUUCACCAAGGUUUCAUCCAAGCCCACGAACCACUCCAAGUUUACCGGAAAGUGCGGUCGACCCUGGUGCAACGGGUGCCAUAUUCACCCAGCUUGUAAGGCAAAGGACAAGACCAAGGGUGCCCAAAAGCUCAGAUUGAUCACUAGGAGGGUCGUGGACACUAAACCUGGAUUCAAGUUUUCGGGCUCUUCCGCCACCGACAUUUUGGAUCAGUUGACUUAUCCUUAUAUGGAUGAUGGUGAUUGCGUUGAUGACGUUCUUGAUGAUGGAUUAUGUGAUGCCAGGAUUUCGUCGAAUGAUGUUGAAAUUGAAGAGAUAGAUGAAUAUGAUAAUGAUGAUCAAAUGAGUUUCUGUGAAGUGGGAUUUGUGUGGGAACCAUUGGAUGGAGAUGAGAGUUGGUGCCUGGUAGAAGAAAUGUGAUUCAUUUGAUAAAUUCUGAUGAAUUGUAUAAUCAUUGUCCACAAAUCCUGUUUAUUUGAUUUAUGUAAUCAAGUUGUUAAUUCAUGUGGUGCAAAAUGAUUA